AGAGUGCUGCCAAGAGGAGAGGAGAGGGCAGGGAUGCCAAAGAUUCGCACCUCGCGGACCAAGCCGCCGCCCGAGGGCUUCGAGGAGAUUGAGGGCAUCCUCGACGACUAUGCGCGGGCGAUGCGCGAUGCAGAAAACGAGAGCCACGAGGGAAAGCGCGUCAAGGAGUCGCUCUGGCCCAUCAUGCGCAUCGCCCACACCCGCUCCCGCUACAUCUACGACCUCUACUACAAGCGCGAGGCCAUCUCCAAGGAGCUCUACGACUGGCUCCUCAAGCAGGGCUAUGCCGACGCCAACUUGAUCGCCAAGUGGAAGCGGCAGGGGUACGAGAAGCUGUGCUGCGUGCGAUGCAUCCAGUCGAGGGACAUGAACUACUCGGGGAGCGCGUGCAUCUGCCGUGUGCCAAAGAGCCAGGUCAAGGGGAACCAGGUCGUCGAGUGCGUCCAUUGCGGCUGCCGGGGGUGCAGCUCGGCGGAUUGAAGGCUGCAGUUCCGAUUAGAGAGCACCAGUACUACCACCACCAUCAUCCACCACUGCCACCGCCAGUUUCACAACCACCAGCAGCAGCUUCGGCCUAAUAGCAUGUACCAUAGCCAACCAUCAUUGUGAGCGACUUUGAUUCCACUCGGACG